AUGCCUAGAGCAAAAUUUGUCAAUGAUGAUAUCACUUUGGCGGCAUUCGAUAUUUCGAAAAUAGCCCUAAGUGAUAGCGCAGAGCCUGAAACUCGAUUCAAAGGUGUCACGGGAGAUAUUAGAGACUUUACUCUUUUCCGCACUGAUACCUCAAAUGGACAGGAAUACAAGGAGAUCAGGCAUGUUAAGGCUGAUGUUGAUUUCGGCCCUAAUAAGGAAGUUAUUCUUCGCGGUGAUAGUGGUCAAUAUUACUUUCAACAAGGCGAAAAUGAAGUUAUGCUCAAUGCCUUUUUGGAAUGA